AUGGCUUCCAGCUCAAUAACCGUCAAUCCGACUUCAUCAACAGUUGCAUCUCUGUUGCCAAAACUUCACGAUGCGGAUCCAGAUUAUAGAUUCAUGUCAUUGAAUGAUCUUUUCCAGGUGUUGGAGAGUGGAAAACCGGAUUUCCUUCACCACGAUUACAAUACAGCGGCAAAGACUGUGGAUGGUAUUAUCAGAACGUUGGAUGAUCAAAAUGGAGAGGUACAAAAUUUGGCCAUUAAAUGCCUUGCUCCCCUUGUUGCAAAGUUACCCAGCAGUAUAAUCGCUCCGUUGAUUGAGAGACUUUCGACAUUAACAACUGAACAUUCGGUUGACAACUCAAUACCUGCUAUGGCUCUGCGAACGGUUGUCAUCACUUUACCAAGACCGAUCAGUGUGUCACCCCCUCCAAAGGAUGUGCUCGCAAGCAUAUUCUGCUAUUAG